AUGACUGUCAAAGCGAUAAGACAAAUAGCAAAGGCCCAGAAUGGCCUUGGCGCAUUUAUCUUGCAGUGCAAGAAGUUAGACUUCUACUACUGCGAUUGGGCUGGUAGUUCCAAGGGAAUGAAUGGCUUCAUCAAGUCUCUUCUCCCCAAGUUCGCCGCUGCCAAUCCCCAAGUCGAAUUCUCCAUCUCCCCUCGACCUGGAAAGCACCCCGUCGUUAUCGGUCACUACAUCAACGGCCGAACGAAGCCUAUUUGCGUACGAAAUCUCUCACCAUACGAGAUCCUACAGAAGGCCGAACUUCUACGCGAUGCCAGCGGAGACAAGCUGAAGCGUCACAACCAGGCCGUCACCAGCACUCGGCCAAGUGUGCGUGGUGUCUGGUCCCCAUACCACGGCAAGGGAACGGUUGUUUAA